AUGGCGGCCUCUCGCUUCUGCACAGCUUCUGCGUGCCGGGAGCUCACCUGCUUCGCGGACUACAUCCAGAGGCUGGAAUGCACGUGGGAACGCAGCCUCAGCCCAGCUCACAGGGCCCUCUACAACCUCACCGCAAACUGGGACUGUGGAGAUGGCGGGAGCUGCUCCUUCGGCCUUACCGCCAGCAACGCCACCCAUGUGCACUAUGCCUGCUUCUCAGAGCAGAAGCUGUGCUUUGCCACCAAUGUCUUUGAGGUCAGCAUCGCCACAACUCUUGUGCAGGACCCUUCAGGGCUGCCCCAAGCCUGCAAUAAGACGUUCCAGUUCCAGAAUCACAUUAAGCCAUAUCCGCCAAUCCACCUGGCUGCAGCUGCAUCCUCUACCGGCUACAACAUUUCGUGGGAGACCAGAUACCUGGACCAAGAGUACCACUCCCUGAACGGCAACCUGCAAUAUGAGCUGCAGUACAAGAAAAAAGGUCACCCUUGGCAGGGGCAGAGCCAGAAAUCCCUCCUGCAAGACCUACACAGCUUGCAGCUUCUGCCCCAGGAGUUGGAGCAGAACACCGAAUACGAGUUCCAGGUGCGGUCAAAGCCGGCCUCUUCUUAUCAGGGAACAUGGAGUGACUGGAGCCCCCUCGCCUCCCUCAGGACCACACACAAGGUUUCGGAGCAUGGCAGAGUCCAAUGGCUGGAGGUGGUCUUGCUGGUGAUCAGCUCCAUUGCUGCCCUCGUGGCCUUCCUGGGGUGGCACCAGAGGUUGUGGAAGAAGCUGGACUGUUUCACCCCCAGCCCAGCCCCCUUCUUCCAGCCCCUCUACCUGAGCCACAAUGGAGAUUUCAAGAAAUGGGUGGGUGCCCCUUGCUCUGGAACAACCCUAGAUGCCUUUGAGUGGGGCAUAGUUGUGCCAGAGAUAUUUGGGAUUGGACACAAGCAUCUUCUUCUGAGCUGUGCCGAGGGAGACUGGAAGGAUAGCCAGAAUGGGCAGCCUCCAAUGUCUGCCCCGCUCCUGCCAGAACUCUUGCAGGCCUCUGCCAAAGACUGCAGUGCCACAUGGGAGCAGGGCUAUGGCCACCUCUCCAUUGACACAGUCAUGGUGGCAGAGGAACUUGCAACCCACUGCUCCCAGUGCAGCAGCACCCACCCAUGCUGGGCCCUGGAGGAGCUCCAGAAGGAGAUGGAAACAAGCGAGAAGGAGACCUACCAUGGCCUACAGUUUGACAGCAGCAGCUCUGGCCUGGGCUCUGGGUGCUUGCUGCUGGGGAACAAGAUGCCCCUGCAGGACUCCUUUCCCUCUGGGCCGGCCUCCUGGGCAAGCCAACCCCCCUUUGGCUCUCCCCCAGGAGGCCUGGAGGAAUUCUUUGGCCUGCUGCCUGCCCCCUCUCUCCUGGGCCCCUGCCUCUCUGCCCCAACCACAGAGGAAGGCCUCUUCUGCAGGGGACCCCCGUCUCCCGACUGGGAUGUGGAAAGUGAUCCAGUCAACGGCCUGGAUCUGGACACCAUAGACAGUGGUUUUGCAGACUGCGACUGCAGGAACCCUGACGAUGGAGAGCUGGCAGCAAUGCCGGCAGGUUGCAGUUGCCAGUCUGAGCCUGGCCCUGUUGUGGGGGAACCCGAAAAAGAGGACUUUCUUCUGCCAAGAUAUGUCAAGCAGUGGGUGUAG